AUUUUAGUACUUUAAAAAAAGGACCAGUUAUGCCCUUGCAGCCGCGUCGUCAAUAUGGUCAAGCGAUCCCUGUGGCUUGCGGGAGCGAAGCUGACGUUGGCUGCCACCGCCCUUGGUGGCGGAGCUGCCGGCGCGGCUAUCGCAACCUCCGACGAUCCGCCGACGGCCCUGAAGCUCUUCACAACCGUUCCUCUUCGCCUUCUCCGCGAUUCCAUCACCGCUGCUACCAUUGCUUUCGAUUAUGAAUAUUCACUAUUGGGACUUCCAGAAGGAAGUGUUGAGCGAUCAAGAGUUAAGCAUGAAGUACACAUUAGGUCUGCACAGAAGCUGCAGGAACUGUGUUUCAGAAAUGGAGGAAUAUACAUCAAGCUUGGUCAACAUAUCGGCCAGCUGGAAUACUUAGUACCUCAAGAGUAUGUCCAAACAAUGAGGGAAUCCAUGCUGAAUAGAUGUCCAGUUUCUUCAUAUGAUCAAGUAUGUGAAGUUUUCAAGAAAGAGCUUGGAGGCUUGCCAGAUGAAAUUUUUGAUGAAUUUGAUCCUGUUCCUAUAGCAAGUGCUUCGCUUGCACAAGUUCAUGCUGCUCGUACACGUGAUGGCCAAAAAGUUGCUGUUAAGGUUCAGCACACUCACAUGACAGAUACUGCAGCCGCAGACCAUGCAACUGUUGAGUUGAUUGUGAGCACUCUGCAUCGCCUUUUCCCUACCUUUGAUUACAGGUGGUUGGUUGAUGAAAUGCGUGAAAGUUUGCCCAAGGAACUGGAUUUCAUGGUUGAGGCGAAGAACAGCGUUAAAUGUCUUGAGAACUUUCAGAAGUUAUCUCCUCAUAUUGCUGACUAUGUAUAUGCGCCAAGGGUGUAUUGGAAUUUAAGUACCUCAAAAUUGUUAACCAUGGAAUUUAUUGAUGGUGCACAAGUCAAUGAUGUGAAGACCAUCCAAAGACUUGGAAUUCAGCCAAGUGAAGUUGCAAAGUUAGUUAGUACUGCCUUUGCUGAAAUGAUGUUCAAACAUGGUUUUGUGCAUUGCGAUCCACAUGCUGCCAACUUGCUGGUUCGCCCUUUACCUUCCAGUAGAAGGAACAUGCUGGGCAAGAGAAAACCACAGUUGAUACUUUUAGACCAUGGUCUGUAUAAAGAGCUUGAUGUCCCCACUCGAACCAACUAUGCUGCACUUUGGAAGGCAUUGAUAUUUUCUGAUGCUGAGGCAAUAAAGGAAAAUAGUGUAAAAUUGGGUGCUGGGGAGGAUCUGUAUGUACUCUUUGCUGGGGUUCUUACCAUGAGGCCAUGGAAUAGGGUCAUCGAUCCAUCUGUUGAUCAUUUGGUCAUACAAGGCAAUGACAGUGAUCGUUCAGAGCUCCAGACAUACGCAUCCCAGUACUUUUCUCAAAUCACAGAGCUUCUGAGGAGACUGCCACGCGUAAUCCUGCUAAUGCUAAAGACAAAUGAUUGUUUACGAGCAGUUAAUAAUUCUCUGUUGCAGGGAUCUUCCUUGGAGACGUUUCUGAUUAUAGGAAAAAUUUCUUCUGAGGCAAUUGUCGAGGCUAAGAGGUUACAGAGUAAAUCCUUAUUGCGACGCAUAAGUAUCUACUUGGAAGAAAUUUUGUUGGAAGCUCGGCUUUUUGGAAUGCAGAUUGCCUUGUGGCUUUUGCAUCUAAGGAGAGCUUUGACUUGGUGAAUAAAAGCCAAAUCGUAUGAAAAACUGCCCAAUUUUGUUUCUAUGUAGUGUGAUAUUCUUUGUCUCUGCAGCUCAACCUUGCCCAUUUACAUGCAGGCUUUUGAGCUCGAUUGAGACCUAGGGAAUUUUUAAAAAAAAAUAUAUAUAAAUAUACUAGUCCCACACAACACCCCCCCCCCCCUCCCCCCCAAAAAAAAGCCAAGGCAUUCUCAUGGAUCCUGGCAGUUGUAUUAUGUUUUGAAAUCCCCAUUGAUGCAGGGUGAGUGAUACGAGUAAGAAUCAUUUAUUGGGAAUAAAAUGUACUAAUCAACCUAGUUUGAAAA